GAUUAGGGGAAGUGAUUGCUGAAGUCGGAGAAUAAAAUCUUUGCAAGGUCAGCUCCUGGAGCAGUUAGUGUUAGAAGACAGAGUGUACAUAGCUGAGAGCAACAGAAAGUACAACCUAUCAUUGUAAAUGUGAUGGUCUGCUUCUGAGGCACUGAGAUGAUAUUGCUGGGCUAUACUGUUUUGCUCCUACUGUGGACAUGUACUGCAGAAAAAGAUUGUGAAACUCCACCUCCUAGAAGAACUAAGGAGAUACUUACAGGAACCUGGGACAAGGAAUCAUAUCCACAUGCUACUUUAGCAACUUACAACUGUCGACCUGGGUACAUAAAACUUGGUCGUGUUAUAUUUGAGUGUAGAAAUGGUGUGUGGCAUCAUCUCCACCCAUACGUGGAAUGUAGAAACAAGCCCUGUGGCCAUCCUGGAGAUAUUCAGUUUGGUUCCUUUGAACUUACUGCUGGAACAGAGUUUGUAUUUGGUGCUCGCGUUCAGUACAAAUGUGAUGAAGGUUAUCAGAUGCUCAGCCAAAGAAAUUUCCGUGAGUGUCAGGCAGAUGGAUGGAGCAAUGAACUCCCCCACUGUGAAGUGAGCAAGUGUUUACCAGUAAAUGCACCAGAAAAUGGAAAAAUCGUUGCAACUGGUGUAUAUGAGGCAAACCAAGAAUUUUCCUUUGGCCAGGUUGUACAGUUUGAAUGUAAUAAAGACUAUAAACUUUCUGGAUCUAAAGAAAUACAUUGCUCAGCUGAUGGAAAUUGGAAUGCUGCUGUACCUACAUGCAUAGUGAUAACCUGCGUACCACCAAGACUUAAUAAUGGAAAUUUAAUGACUCCAGUGAAAGUUUACAAGGAGAAUGAACGAUUGCAGUUUACUUGUAAUGCUGGAUAUACAUUUGGUGAAAGAUCUGAUGCGGAGUGUACAGAAUAUGGAUGGCGUCCAAAACCAUUUUGUAAAGAAAUUAGAUGUGAUCCUCCAACAGUGACUAAUGGAACCUACCACCCCAAAAAGAAAGUGUUCAGAGAAUUGGAAGCAAUCAGAGUAGAGUGUAAUCAAGGAUUUCACUUUGAAAUGGGCAAUAGGGACAGGAGAGCAGAAUGCACAAAGAAUGGCUGGUUACCUAUUCCAAGAUGUAUCUUGAGACCCUGUGACUACCCACAUAUAGAAAAUGGAGCACUAACUGAAUAUUAUGAAUAUUACAAAGAGCGAGCCUUUCCAGCACAGUUAGGUGUGGGAAUUUACUACAGAUGUCUUGAUGGUUACGUAUCUGAAAGAGAGGAGAGGUGGCCUCUGAUCAGAUGUACUAAAGUGGGCUGGUCUCCUGCACCAAAAUGCAUUAAAAAGUGUUCUCCUGGUUAUUUGGAAAAUGGUAAAUUUCUGUCUAACUAUUGGAACACCUACAAAGAAGGUGAUGAAAUUUCAUAUGUGUGUUCUCCUCAUAAUCUGGUAACCAGAGUUACAUGCACGAAGAAUGGCUGGUCACCUACUCCAACAUGUACUUCUACCAAAAUCUGUGAAAAAGUUGAGAUACAGAAUGGUUAUUUCUCUGACAGUAAGAACAGAUUUAAUUUAAACGAGGAAGCAAAUUAUGGGUGUCAGAUUGGUUACACAACUCCAGAAGGAAAUGAGUUGGGAAAGACACAGUGCCUUCAAGAAGGAUGGACUCCUUUACCAAAGUGCAUUAAAACAUGUGAAAAGCCUCGUUUCGAGUAUAUUAAUUUCCACACAACUCAAACGGUGUUUCUGCCUGAAGAAAUAUUGGAAUAUGAAUGUGCAGAUGGAUACCAAACUGUAAAUAAAAUCACAACAGGUUAUACAGCGUGCAGCAUAAAUGGAUGGACUCCUGAGCCCCAGUGUCGUGCCAUAGAAUGUGAAAUGUUGACAUUGUCCAAAGGCUCAGUUUUCCCCCUGAAAGGGAAAUAUAAGAAUGGAGAUGUGGUAACUUUUUCCUGUGCAAAAAGUCACAAAAGAGUGGGACCUGACUCCUCUCAAUGUUAUUACUUUGGAUGGUUCCCAGCAUCUCCGACAUGUAAAGAGGAAACCAAAGCUUGUGGAGAACCACCCAGCAUUACCAAUGGGAAUAUUAUCAGUGAACUUCAUGAGAACUAUCAGCAUGGUGACUCAGUGGAAUAUGACUGUGACCACAGUUUUAAAAUUAUUGGAUCAAGAAAAAUAGAAUGUAUUGAUGGGGAAUGGACAUCUUUACCUUCUUGCACAGAAGAGAAAAAAACCUGUGGACUACCACCCAGUAUUACCAAAGGGAAAGCUGUCAAUAUAGACCAUCAACAGUACAUUCAUGGAGAUACAGUGGAAUAUGAAUGUGAAAAAAACUAUGAAAUGGUUGGGCCAAAGACAGUGAAGUGUCUUAGUGGAGAAUGGAUAUCUUUGCCUUCAUGUGCUGAUCAAUCUGCUACAUGUGCACUUCCAGACAAUUUUGAGAAUAUAAUCAUUUUACAAACUAUCACCAGCAAAAAGAGCUAUAAGCACAAAGCAUCUAUAAAGUACAAAUGUAAAACAGAUGGCACAAACUUUAUACAAACAAUUUGUAAAUAUGGGGAAUGGACACCCAAAAUUGACUGCAUAGAAAGAAGAUGCCCACCUCCACCUCAGCUCCCGGGUGCCAUCAAGAUCACAGAGACACGAAACUAUGCGAGUGGUGAAAAAAUAGCUUUUACAUGCCUAGAGCAUUUUGAACACCAAGGAGUGAAAGAAAUAAUGUGUGAAAAUGGGAAGUGGCAAUCACCACCGCACUGUGUUGAAGAAAAAUUAUGUUUCCAGCCACCUUCCAUAGCAAAUGGUGAGAUUCUCAGUCUAGAAAAUCAGAACUUAAGACAGGAGCAAUCAGCACCAGUGACUUAUCGGAAUGGUACCAUGUUAAUGUACAGUUGCAACUCUGGUUUCAUGUUACGUGGACCACCUGAGAUAAUUUGUAAGGCUGGAAGAUGGACGUCAGCUCCUACAUGUGUUGAAAUGCAAUGUACAAGUGUUCCAAAUAUUAUCAAUGCUCAGACUGAAGGCAGAGUGAAGUAUAGUUAUAAGCCUGGUGAAACAGUACGUUAUCAAUGCCAUCCUGGUUUUACCAUCAGUGGACCAUCAGAAGUUACAUGUAAAGCAGGGAACUGGUCCACACAACCUGUAUGUGAAGAUGCAACAUGUAGUACUCCACCUGAAGUUCCCAAUGCUGAUAUUGUAAAUGAAAAGGAGGGAAGGUAUCUGCCUGGUGAUAAAGUGCAAUAUAAAUGUCGGGAAGGAUUUGAAAAUAUGGAAUCAAAUUAUGUAACUUGUGAAGGUAGAGCUUGGUCACAACUACCAAUUUGCAAAGAUAUGAGAUGUGGACCUGCACCAGAGAUUUCUCAUGGUAGGAGUGUAGGUGGUAAGCAGCAAAGGUAUUUCCCCGGUGAUAGAGUGCGUUAUCGAUGUACACAAGGUCUGAGCCUUAUUGGGUCUCCGACGGUAAGAUGUAAACAAGGGAAGUGGUCCCAACCACCAGAAUGCAAAGAGGCUGCUGGAAAGUGUGGACCCCCACCUAUUAUUGAUAAUGGAGACACCAUUGAGUUUGUACAGCAAGUAUAUGAAUCAGGUUUAGCUGUGCAAUACAAAUGCAAAAGUUUACAUGUAAUGAAGGGAUCUCAAUUUGUUCGCUGCGAGUCUGGCCAAUGGACAGAACCACCAGUUUGCUUAGAGCCAUGUACAGCAUCCCCAGAAGACAUGGAGAAAAACAAUAUUGAGCUGAAAUGGAUGCAGGCCACUAAACUGUAUUCAGAAAGUGGAGAUUUUAUUGAAUUUGACUGUAAACGGGGAUAUGAGAGGGAUCCAAUAUCUUCUGCACUUAGAGUACAGUGUAUGGAGGGAAAAUUAGCAUAUCCUAAAUGUAAGGAAAAAGGUACUUCAGGAUGAAUAAAAAGAAGCAUCAAUCAGAUAAUUUUAACUGAGAUCUGAGGCUCAGAAUCCUCUGACUAGUUAUUUGUAAUGUUCACACAUUAUGUCCUUUGUCAGUAUUUUAGCUUAAAUUGAUUACAUGUUUCAGUUCAGUCACGUUUUUUAUCAUUGGUCACAACGGUUUAAAAUAUAUAGUCAUAAAAUAGUAACAACAGAUCGGCAAAUAAGUUCACACUCAGAUCAAACUACAACUUUUUAUAUUUAGAAAAGGAAAUUUUAAGGGAAAUCAUACACAUCUGCGCAUCUUGAAUUACACACUUCCUGCUCACUGAAAAAGAAAGCAGUAGUAUUUCCCUCCAGCCCAAAUCAGGAACUCCAGGAAGUCUCAUUAGAAUCAUUAAUCGUGAGAGAUUUUUAAGCCCAAUCACCACAUCAAAAUGUUUGGGAUAUGCAUGGAGGUUUUUUUGAGUUCUGCCCAUCACUAUUAGCUGCUGGUGAUCAUUCUUCCAAAUAUUUUAGUCCAUGUAACCAAAAAAUGAUCCUGUCAUCUAGCACAGUUGUACAGAAAACAUUGACUUCUCUGCUUAAAAUUUAAACUCUUAGUGUCUUAAUUAUGUCUUCUUUUUAAAAUUAAAGAUUUGUAUGUUUCAUUUA